UAUAUCGAACGAGGUGUUUUGGGAAAAAAAAAAUAUUGCAAGAGAAAACGAGAGAGAGAAAAGCACCACAUCACAACAACAAAAUCUAAUCGUGACAUCAUCUUUAUUUAUGUUUACCCGAUGUAAAUAUGUAAAAGAAUUAUUGUGGUUUUUUUUACUAGCGAAACAAGAAAUUCCAGGUAUAGUCUCAUUAAUCGGUAAACAAAUUGUGUUUUGAGAGUGAGUUUUUUGUUUGGAAAAAACCGAAGAAGAAAAGAAAAAGAUGGGUACGAAUCUAAGUUCAUUGAAAACAAUCAAACAAAAUGAUUAUAUUAAUAGAUUAAUAUCGAAUGAACAUAUUAAUCCAAAUGAUACGAAAUUUUGGAAUGAAUUUCUUUCAUUUGCAUUUACCAAUUUGGAUGCUAUUUGUUCGGAUAGUAAUUUUAUGAAUGAAAAUGUUAUUCCAUUAAUAUCAAAAUGGUUGGAUAAUAAUCAAACAUCACAGAAUCUUGGUUCAAUUAUACAGGUUUUCAUACAAAAAGUUGAUAUUCUUAAAAAGAAUUCACAAAAAAAUAAUAAUGUUAACAAUAAUAUUGUCAUUUGGCAUGCAUAUAAUCUAUCAUUUAUAAUGAGAAAUAUGUUUAAAUAUAUGAUUGAAACAUAUACGGAAGAAAAUGUGAUUAAACAAUGUAAACUUAAUCAUUCAUUGAAUGGAAUGACCACCAAUACUAAUGUUAAAGCGGAAAAUCAACAACAAGAUGAAAAUAAUAAUGGUACAAUAAUGAUUGAACAUCUAAUCAAUGCCUUAAUAGAAAUUCUUGUUGAUCUUAAACUUGAUGAUAUGAAUUAUAAUCUUCAUGUUGAAUCAUGUAAAAAUUUUCUGGUAUUAUUAUCUGUUCAAAUGUUUUUAUCACGACCAUCAAUGAAAUCAGUCAUUUAUACUAUUGUGAUGCAACGAAAAUGUUCAAUACAUGCCUUAUUGUUGACAAAAACAUUAUUACAAAAUUUUAUUCAACAAUUACCUGCACCAAUUCCGCCCACUGGUAGUAUUAUAUUCGGACUGGCUAAUGGAUUAUGGAAUGCAUUAACAUUAGGUUAUGGUGGUAAAAAAACUGAUGAAGAUCUAAUUAAAGAAGCAAUAUUAGCACGUGAAUCAUUAUUAUUAUUAUUAGUAUUAACUAAUCAUUGUACAAAAGAUAUUAAUCCAUAUCGUGAAGCAUUAUUUCAAUGUUGUGAUUCAAGUAUUGAACUUCAAUCCGCAUCAACAACAACAACAACAUUGACAACAAAUAAUGAACAAAAUAUUACCGGUUUUAAAAUAGAUUUUGGUAAAUUAUAUCGAACACUUUGUCAAACAUUAAAUGAUGAUCAAACAACAUUAUUAUUAUAUAUGUUAUUACAUCAAAAUGGUCAUUUUAAAACAUUUGUAUUAAGUCGUACAACGGAUUUAGAUCAAUUUUUAAUACCUGUAUUACGUAUACUUUAUAAUUCACCUGAUCGUAAUUCACAUCAUAUUUAUAUGUCAUUAAUUAUUUUAUUGGUUUUAAGUGAAGAUAAUUUAUAUAAUUCAAUUAUUCAUGAUAUUACUAUUCGAAAUAUAACCUGGUAUACGGAAAGAAAUUUAACCGAAAUUUCAUUAGGUGGCCUAAUCAUUUUGAUUAUUGUUCGUACCAUACAUUUUAAUAUGUCUCGUAAUCGGGAUCGUUUUCUUCAUACAAAUCUAUGUGCAACAUUAGCAAACAUGUCAAAUCAUUUUAAACAUUUACAUAAUUUUGUUUGUCAAAAAAUGAUUGCUUUGUUUGAAAAGAUAUCGAAAAAAUAUUUUAAACUUCAGCAGCAACAACUGAAAAUGCAAAAUGGUAUCGAUGGUAAUCAUCAUCAAAUUACUAGCAAUAGUGGUGGUGAAAACACAACAGCGACAACUACAAUAACCAAAUCAGAUGUUGAUACCGGUGAACAAUCAUCAUCGUUGAUUGAUGAUCUUAAAGAUAUAACAUUGUUUGAAGAAGUUUUACGUACCAUACUUGAAAUUAUUAAUGCAUCAUUGACAAAAAAUAUGAUUGCCAAUCCAAAUCUUAUCUAUACAUUAUUAUAUAAUCGAAAAAAAUUCGAACCAUUCCUAAAUCAGCCAUUAUUUCAGGAUAUUAUUGGCAAUAUUGAUACAAUAUUAACAUAUUUUUCACAACGAAUUGAUUCAGUUCAACAAACAGAUCGACAAUUAUCAGUAGAGGAAAUAUUCGAACUAAUCAAACAGGCAUCAUUAAAUUGGCCAAAAGAAAAGAUGAAAAAAUUUCCCGAAUUAAUGUUUCGUUAUGUAGAGGAUGAUUCACCUGAGGAUUUUUUCAUUCCAUACAUCUGGUCAUUAGUAUAUCGUUGUUCGGAUAUUUAUUGGAAUUCACAGAACAUAUUGUUGUUUAAUCCGGUUCGCAAUCUAUGAUGAUGAUGGUUACUUUUUAAAUACAAAUACAGUGGCAACAACCAAGUUCUACCUUUAAUCUCGAUUCAACAAAAAAACAACUGAUUCUUCCGACUUUUUCACAACAAA